UCCCCCUUUCCAUCCUAACACUUCUUUCCAUCCACCUCAGCAUGUCUUAAAAACAGUGAAUUAAAGAUGCAAUCCCUCGGUCAAAACACUCCUCCUGCUUCCCCCUAUAAAAGGUAACUAACCGUACGCAGCAUACGGUACACAUGGCCAGGAAGAAGGUAAACCUUGCAUGGAUCGCCAAUGACUCCACGAGGAGGGCGACCUUCAAGAAGAGGAGGAAGGGGUUGAUGAAAAAGGUGAGCGAGCUGUCGACUCUGUGCGACGUGAAGGCGUGCAUGAUCGUGUACGGGCCGCAGGAGCCGCACCCGGAGGUGUGGCCGUCGGUGCCGGAGGCCACCCGGGUGCUCGCGCGCUUCAAGAGCAUGCCGGAGAUGGAGCAGUGCAAGAAGAUGAUGAACCAGGAGGGGUUCCUCCGACAGCGCGUGGCCAAGCUGCAGGAGCAGCUCCGCAAGCAGGCGCGCGAGAACCGUGAGCUGGAGGUGGCGCUGCUCGUGCACGAGGGCCUGGCGGGGCGGAGCCUCGACGACGUGAGCAUCGAGGACGCCACGAGCCUGGCGUGGAUGGUGGAGAUGAAGGCGAAGGUGGUGCACGACCGGAUCGAGCGCGUGAGGAAGGAGCACGUGGCCUCCGCGCUGCGAACGGCGGAGACAACCGUGGCCACGAGGGAGAAGACGCCCGUGGAGGCGGCGAUGGAGGCGCUCCAGCGGCAGGACUGGUUCAUGGAGGUGAUGAACCCCAACGAUCACAACGUGAUGUUUGGUGGAGGGGAUGAAACGAUUCCAUCCUACAUCGACCACAGCAGCCCAUGGCUCGAUCCUUACUACCCUUUGAACUGAAACCUCAUGAUCUCACUGGUCAUGUCUGAUGUCUGUUGUUCCUUCUUCUCUCUCGUUUAGUCCUUUCUUCUUCAUCUAGUCAUAUUAACUGUAGGAAAAAGGGUGUCCCAUAUGAACAAAUAAGAAC